GGUGGACGCGGUGGUCGCGGCGGUGGCCGUGAUGGCGGUCGCGGCAGGGGCGGUGGCGGCCGCUUUGGCGCCGGCGGCCGUGGCGGCGGCCGCGGCGGGGUGUCCAAGUUUGGCGGCCGCGGCGGCGGCCGCGGAGGGCGCGACGGCGGCCGCGGUGGCCGCGGCGGCGGCCGCGGCGGCGGCCGCGGGGGCCGCGGUGGCAUGAAGGGCGGCGCCAAGGUGGUGGUGGAGGGGCACCGCCACGCCGGCAUCUUCAUCGCGCGCGGCAAGGAGGACGCGCUGGUCACCCGCAACAUGGCGCCGGGGGAGAGCGUGUACGGCGAGAAGCGGGUGUCGGUGGAGCAGGAGGGCGGCGAGAAGAUUGAGUACCGCGUGUGGAACCCGUUCCGCUCCAAGCUGGCGGCCGCGGUGCUGGCGGGCGUGGACAACAUCCACAUCAAGCCCGGCGCCAGGGUGCUCUACCUGGGCGCCGCCUCGGGCACCUCUGUGUCCCACGUGUCGGACGUGGUGGGGCCGGAGGGCUGCGUGUACGCGGUGGAGUUCUCGCACCGCAGCGGCCGCGACCUGGUCAACAUGGCCAAGAAGCGGCCCAACGUGAUCCCCAUCAUCGAGGACGCGCGGCACCCGCAGAAGUACCGCAUGCUGGUGCCCAUGGUGGACGUGGUGUUUGCCGACGCGCGCAUCGUGGGCCUCAACGCCCAGUACUUCCUCAAGAACGGCGGCUUCUUCGUCAUCUCCAUCAAGGCCUCGUGCAUCGACUCCACCGCGCCCCCCGAGGCCGUGUUUGCCCGCGAGGUCAAGAAGCUGCAGGAGCAGCAACUCAAGCCCAAGGAGCAGGUCACGCUGGAGCCUUAUGAGCGCGACCACGCGGUGGUGGUGGGCGUGUACCGGCCGCAGAAGAAGAAGGAGCAGUGAUCGGGCGGUGCUGGGGGGCGGCAGGAGCGCCGCUAGCACGGCACGAGUCCUCUGGUGCCCCUGCCCCUCGCAUCCCCAGCCUGUAUUUCUGUCACAUCUCUGGUCCUUGUUUGCUCUUUGCUCUCUCUCUCUCUUUCUUGCUCCCUGCCUCACACCUCUUAGGUUUCACUAGUCCACCAACCGCGCCGUGCCUCCCUCUGCCCCCUGGGCGCUGCACGU